GUCCUGUUCGAUGAUCAGCCGCAAAGCCAGCGCAAGAUGGUCGCUUGUACCCAGCCUCGACGUGUGGCUGCUAUGUCAGUAGCGCAACGUGUGGCUGCUGAGUUAGAUGUCAAGCUUGGAGAGGAAGUGGGUUACAGCAUCCGUUUUGAAGACAUGACGAGCCCCAAGACCUGUCUUAAGUACAUGACGGAUGCACUAUCAUUCUGGACGAGGCCCACGAAAGAACCAUGGCCACUGAUGUCCUCAUGGGUCUUCUCAAAGAAGUCGUACAACGUCGACCAGAUUUGAAGAUCAUUAUCAUGUCUGCCACCCUGGAUGCCCAAAAGUUCCAGCGCUACUUCAACGAUGCUCCUCUUCUUGCGGUUCCCGGUCGUACUCACCCAGUCGAGAUUUUCUAUACUCCUGAGCCUGAGCAGGACUAUGUGGAGGCCGCCAUUCGCACUGUCUUGCAAAUUCAUGCUACGGAGGAUGAUGGUGAUAUACUGCUGUUCCUGACUGGUGAAGAAGAGAUUGAGGAUGCUGCGCGCAAAAUCUCACUGGAGGCAGAUGAGAUGGUGAGAGAAGUCGAUGCUGGCCCCUUGAAAGUCUAUACACUGUACGGUAGUCUUCCUCCGCAUAUGCAGCAACGCAUCUUCGACCCGGCUCCACCACCCCGUCGCCCUGGAGGUCGUCCCGGUAGAAAAGUUAUUGUUUCUACCAACAUUGCCGAAACUUCGCUCACAAUCGAUGGCAUCGUUUACGUCGUGGACCCCGGCUUCUCGAAGCAGAAAAUCUACAACCCUCGCAUUCGUGUCGAGUCCCUCCUAGUGUCGCCCAUCUCUAAAGCCUCUGCACAACAAAGAGCCGGUCGUGCAGGUCGUACACGUCCCGGAAAGUGCUUCCGUCUUUACACCGAAGGUGCCUUUAAGAAGGAACUGAUUGACCAGACCUAUCCGGAAAUUUUACGGUCCAACCUUUCAUCAACUGUGUUAGAGUUGAAGAAGCUUGGAAUUGAUGACCUUGUUCACUUCGACUUGAUGGACCCCCCGGCUCCGGAAACGCUUAUGAGAGCUCUCGAAGAGCUUAAUUACUUAGCUUGUCUUGAUGAUGAUGGCAACCUAACCCAACUUGGACGUCUUGCCUCGGAGUUUCCUCUUGAUCCUGCGGUUGCGGUUAUGCUGAUCAGCUCGCCCGAAUUCUACUGUUCAAAUGAAAUCCUCUCUAUCACAGCAUUGCUUUCGGUUCCUCAGGUGUUCGUGAGACCAGCAUCUCAACGAAAGCGGGCGGAUGAGAUGAAGAACCUCUUUGCUCACCCCGAUGGUGACCACCUUACCCUCCUUAACGUAUACCAUGCUUUCAAGGGCCAAGAUGCACAAGAGAACCCCAAGCAGUGGUGCCAUGAUCAUUUUCUUUCCCUGCGAUCCCUCCAGUCGGCAGAUAAUGUGCGCAUGCAGCUCCUGCGGAUCAUGGAGCGUGAGGAGCUGGAAAUGGUUUCGACGCCAUUUGAGGACAAAAAGUACUACGAAAACAUCCGACGUGCUCUCUGUGCUGGAUUCUUCAUGCAGGUUGCGAAGAAGGAAUCUCAAGGCAAAAGCAAAUACACGACUAUUAAGGAUAACCAGAACGUCCUCUUGCACCCGUCGACUGUUCUAAGCUAUGACGCUGAUUGGGUUGUGUACAAUGAAUUCGUGCUCACGACCAAGAACUACAUCAGAACCGUUACAGCAGUUAAGCCUGAGUGGCUCAUUGAUAUCGCACCUACCUAUUAUGACAUCAUGACCUUCCCUAAGGGCGAAAUUCGCUCUGCAUUGCUUCGUGCCGCAGAAAGACUGUCUCGUAAAGAGAAGCUGCGUAGCGAUUCUAGCCGGAGGCGUUAAACUAUUGUCCAUGCUUCGUUUAUAGAUUUGUUUAUCACUUUUGACAUCUUAUGCUAUCUUAAGUUAUUGGGGCGUUGGCCU